CCGGUGCCGGGUUUUGGCCGGUCCCGUCCGGGGAAGUUGCCGAAGUUGGGCAGCAGUGCUGGGUCGCGGCGCGUCCUUCCUGCGGCCCGGCCGGUGCAUGAUGGAAGCAGCAUGGCCGCCCACCUCUCCCUGACACAGCUAUCAAGUGCAAAUCCUGUGUAUGAGAAGUUCUAUCGACAGGUUGAUUCUGCUAAUACUGGAAGAGUGUUAGCUUCUGAUGCAGCUGUCUUCUUGAAGAAAUCUGGAUUGACAGACUUGGUGCUUGGAAAGAUUUGGGACUUAGCUGAUACUGAUAGCAAAGGAAUCUUGAACAAACAGGAGUUUUUUGUAGCUUUACGACUUGUAGCAUGUGCACAGAAUGGAUUGGAGGUUUCCCUGAGUAGCCUCAAUUUGCCCGUUCCUCCACCAAGAUUUACUGAUACUAGUAGUCCUUUGCUGCUCAGUGGAACAGCAUCGAGUGAUAUACCAUGGGCUGUUAAGUUGGAAGACAAAGCCAAGUAUGAUGCUAUUUUUGACAGCCUAAAUCCUGUUAAUGGACUGUUGUCGGGAGAUAAAGUGAAACCUGUACUCCUGAACUCAAAAUUGCCAGUGGAUAUCUUAGGACGAGUGUGGGAAUUGAGUGAUAUCGACCGAGAUGGAAUGUUGGAUCGCGAUGAAUUUGCAGUGGCCAUGUUCUUGGUGUACUGCGCGUUGGAGAAGGAACCAGUGCCAAUGUCCUUGCCUGCAGCUUUGGUGCCACUAUCCAAGAGAAAACCUAUUAGUGUUCCAGGAGCAAUGCCGUUAAUUCCUUCUUCAGCAUCUUGCAAAGAUUCUCAUCAGUCCCUGCCACCUGUAGGCAUUUUAGCUGCCAAAACUCCAUUAACACAGUGGGUUGUAUCGCCUGCAGACAAAAUUAAGUAUGAUGAGAUCUUUGUGAAAACUGACAAGGACAUGGAUGGAUUUGUGUCAGGUGUGGAAGCCAGAGAACUAUUCCUGAAGACGGGACUGCCUUCUGCUCUGCUUGCACAUAUCUGGGCACUCUGUGAUACAAAGGACUGUGGGAAGCUUUCCAAGGAACAGUUUGCUUUGGCUUUCUACUUAAUUAAUCAGAAAUUAACAAAGGGCAUUGAUCCACCUCAAGCUCUGACUCCAGAGAUGAUUCCACCUUCAGACAGGAGUGUCACAUUACAGAAGAGUGCUCCAGGACUGAAUUCCGUAGCAGAUUUUUCUGCAAUUAAAGAGCUUGAUACAUUGAACAAUGAAAUAGUAGACCUGCAGAGGGAAAAGAAUAAUGUAGAGCAAGACCUGAAGGAGAAAGAAGAUACCAUCAAACAGAGGACGAGUGAGGUUCAGGAUCUACAAGAUGAAGUAAAACGGGAGAGCAGUAAUCUGCAAAAGCUGCAAGCUCAGAAACAGGAAGCACAGGAAAUACUCAAUGAUCUUGAUGAGCAGAAGGCCAAGUUGGAAGAGCAACUCAAUGAUAUCAGGCAGAAAUGUGCAGAGGAGGCCCACUUGAUUGCCAUGCUGAAAGCUGAAAUAACAAGCCAGGAGACAAAGAUAUCAGCAUAUGAAGAUGAACUGACCAAAGCUCAAGAGGAGCUGAGUCGUCUGCAGCAAGAAACUGCAGAGCUUGAGCAUUGCAUAGAGUCUGGGAAAGCACAGCUGGGACCUCUUCAGCAACAUCUGCAAGAUUCACAACAGGAAAUCAAUUCGGUGCAGACAAAACUUCUUGAGCUGAAAGAACUGGAAAGUAACCAAUUUAGUUGGCACUCUCAGCCACAGAAUGUACUUGUUAAUGGAACUGCGGAUCAUUCUAGUCUCAGCAACAGCAGCAGCGAAACUGCUAACCUUAAUGAGAAUGCUGAAAGGGAAAGCAUAGCUGAAGAUGAACAAAUAAACAACGUAUCCCCACCAAGAAAUAGUCCUGAAACAACAACUGCUGCUGCAGAAGAAGACAAAGAGACUCCAGCUGGAACUGUUACAAGAAAAGAGGAUCCAUUUGAUGCUGAAUCUCACCCAUUGCCUGAUAUAGUUUCUGAAGCAAGCUUAGAGUUCUUCCAGUCCGACCCUUUUGUUGGCAGUGAUCCCUUCAAAGAUGACCCUUUUGGGAAAAUUGAUCCCUUUGGUGGUGAUCCCUUCAAAGGCUCAGAUCCUUUUGCAGCUGACUGUUUUUUCAAACAGUCCUCCACUGAUCCUUUUGUGACUGCAGGCACUGAUCCAUUUAGUGCAGCAAGCAACAGUAAUAAUACCACAACAGAGAUGCCAAAGAAAAAUGAUCCUUUUGCUCCUGGUGGAACAACUGUUAGUACAUCAGAUGAUCAAGCUACAGACCCCUUUGCCUCUCUGUUUGGAAAUGAAUCCUUUGGAAGUGGCUUUGCUGACUUCAGCACACUGUCAAAGGCCAACAAUGAGGAUCCCUUCAGCUCUUCCACAUCAGGCUCUGUCAAAAACGUGGUCAUAACUAAAAACUCAUUUGAAGAACCACCAGCCAAAAACGAGGACAUCCCUCCUGCAUUGCCCCCUAAAACUGGAACUCCCACAAGGCCUUGUCCACCACCCCCUGGGAAAAGACCUAUCAAUCAAAUAGACUCUUCAGAUUCCUUUAAACCGAGCGAUCCAUUUCAGCCUUUUCCCACCCCAGAAAUUCCCAAAGAACAAGAAGCAGAUCUAUUCUGUGAUCCAUUUGCUCCCACCAGCAUCAGUAAAGAGGCUGACCCCAACAAUUUUGCAAACUUCAGUACUAAUCCAUUUCAUAGAAGUCGUGGUGUCCAAGCAGUAGAAGCAAAUCUAAAGUAUUCUACUGAGGAAGACAUGAUUGAAUGGGCUAAGAGAGAAAGUGAGAGAGAAGAGAAAGAAAGAUUGGCAAGACUAAAACAGCAAGAGCAAGAAGACUUGGAACUGGCUAUUGCACUCAGUAAAUCAGAAAUAUCAGAAGCAUGAAGUUUAGAAUAAGAUGUUGUCAUAUGUCACCUGUUUUGUCCCUUUUCCUGAAUACCUAACCUAUUUAAAUGUUAAUCAGAAGAUUACAUAUAUACAGGAAAAAUAAGAAAGGUUUUAAGCUAUUGAAAGUGGUGUGUUCCUGCUAAAUUCAAUCCUUUUGGUUAAUUUUAUUGUUUGAAUAACUUAAUUCUAGCAUUCAGUUUCUCUCCAGUUUUCAGGAAAAUAAGGACCUUUUCCCAGAUGUAAGCAAAUCUAUGGAAAAUACAGAAAAUGAGACGUUAGUUUGACUGUAAUCUGUCAGCAGUUGGUAAUUGAGCAUAAAGUGAACAUAGCAAUUAUUCUGCCGUGGCUGAUUGUCUCCCAUCAAGCAGUCAGUCAUUUGAAACCCCUUAUCCUUCUAGAAAGAUUUUAGUAAUGCCAGAGUUGUGGAGUGCUUUAUUUUAUAUGUAUACAUUUAUUUUUUUUCUCUUCAUUGAAGAUUCUGUUUGGACUUGAAAUAACAAUCUUCAUGGAGUCUAAAUCUAAGAGAGUGUGUCUUACAGAAACCUUUAAUGCCUUUCCUGCAUGGUCAUAGGUUUUAAGACCAGUUACUUUGUUUUAUAAAGCAAUUAAAUGGAAGAUACGUGUGCAUUUGCUGUUGGCCAAGAUGACUGUCAAAUAACAAGGCCCUGCUGCUGUUCGAGCCAGUUUUGCCUGUGAAAUAUGCAGAUAAGUAAUUGGCAAGAUUACUUGCCCAUUAGCUGGCAAGGUAGUAAGUUGAAAACAAAAUGAGUUUGAGAAUAGAAAGAAAACACGUCUGAUUUUUUUUUUAUUUUUAUUUUUUAAAGGUUGCUUUUUUCCUGUAUGUGUAAUUUAUUUGAAUGCCAACAGAUAGUUGCACCUUAAACUGAAUUUCUUUAUGGUCACUGAGUGGGACUGAUAUGAUUUUAAAUCAAAUAACUUAAUGAAAGUAACUUAUUUGUUCACUUUGAAAGAACUCCAUUCUGCAGAAUCGGUUUAAUUAAACUAAUUCCAAGGAUAAUCUUUUGCCCUAUCUAAGAAAAAUAGAUGGCAGCAGUGUAAGCAUCAAGAGAUUCUUAUUUCUUUCUUGCACUUUUAACUUGUGGUGUUUCUGUUGAGGAAAUGGAAAAGUUUCAACGCACAGCGCUGGGAGGAGGAGUCGAACUCAGCCAUGCUUCAAUACACUCAGCCUCUUCCUAUUAGCUGCCAAUGCUGCUGUUGAAACACUUUGAGAGUUUUCAGUUUUUCAGGAAAAUGAGUAACCAGACUGGGAUGUUUUUUUUCUUUUGCACUGGGAAAUGAGCAUUGAAACACCUGCUCGGGAAAGAUCACUUCAAUUUUUGCAAGGAUUACAUAGUUAAAACUUAUCUAUACAUCUUUGUAAUGAGUGUACACUAAUCUUGCAAAUCAUACUUAACUGGAUUACAUAGUUUCUUAUCUUUUGUUUAAAAAAAAAGUAUACUCAGUGGACCAACACGAUAUUAUUAUGUAUAUAUUAUAUAUAUAUUCUUGCUUUCCUUUAUGGAAUUUAAAAGUUUUGAGUCAUUUGAUGUUACAUUUCAUGUUACUGACUCUGACUAUAGUACUUUUACUCAGACUACCAACAAACCACUGCUGUGAGCUGAAUGGCAUUACUUACCACGUUUUAACCUUUUUUUAAAGAAACUCGUCCAGGUGGGAUUAGCCUCUAUUUAUAGACUUCCCUUUUGUUUAAAAAUUCUAACAGCAGCCUGUAAUUAUGAGGAAAUAAAAUUUAAGUACAUAAGCGUGAGCUGUUUGCCUGUUUUUUUUCAGAAGGGAGCUGUGAAGUAACAUGCAAAUGUAAUGUGAAUGUCAGAAGGUGGCUCUGUACUCUGAUGGGAGGUGGUUAAUGGUCUAAGAAACAAGCUGCUUGGCUGUUGGGGUUUGUUGAGUGCGUAUUAAUCCCAUUUGGCACUUGCUUUGUUAGGAGUCGUGGCAGUUUUGAUGAGAACUCCUGCUAUAUCUGCCUCAGGAUUUUCGCCUGCACAUGGUUUGUAGUGCUCAAAUGUUACGUCCUUAAUGUUCCUUUGUGAAGGUACGUCGUGUGCUCUCAACAUAAAGCACCAUAUUUAUUUUUCUGGCUAUCAUUUUAGUGAUCUAUCAGUUGGAUUAGGCAAUGUGAUAUUUUCAUUCAUUUCAUCAGAUUCCUACACAUCCUUGAGGUCAUUUGCAACCAUCUAUGGGCUGUUUAUUUCUUUUCAAGUCCUCUACCAAGUUUUCCUCUUGGAUGUACUUUUGCUUCCAACUGUGCUGCUUUCAGCCUUGUCUUCCCUCCACAUUUUGAGCUGUUCAUAUGAUUCUGUCACAAGAUUGAAAGUAGUUGCUGUUCAGCUCGAAUUAUUUGAUAUUUUUUUCUAUCUUUGUGUAAUUUACUGUUUAUGAGGUUCUGUAAAAGUUCGUUGAAUUCCCAGCAAACCAUUGCACUUCUUAUUUAAGAGUUUAUCUGAUGUUUAGCAGACAGAUUGGCCACUUGACAGCUACAUUUGCAAUGCAAGGUAACUUGAUAAGAAAAUUGUAUGGGUAGCACCUACUGGGGAUUAAUGUUAAAGAUCAGUUAUCACUGCCAAGUACUGACAACGAAUAAAAUGGCAAUAAAGGUGCUUAAUAAAGGACCUGA